UAAGCGCUGUCUCGAUGCGCUCGAUGCUCGCGCCGACCCCCUGGCAUUCCCACAGCCACUUCCGGCGGCGCGGGAGGCCGGACGGAGGGAUCGGUCCCGGGGAGCGGGACGGGCGCAGUGGGGGCUGGCGGCGGCGGCUGUGCCCCUCCUCCCCCGCGCCUCCUCCUCCCCCGCCGAACAGGUUUCACACGGGGAAGACACAGAAAGAGAAGAGCAGAAAGAACAUAACAAUAACACCGAAUGCAGCGAACUAGGAGUCAUGGAUCUGAAAUUCACUUCAUCAAGAAAACACAUUUCCAUCAGUGUACCUUCCAAAUCUCAAACUAUGUCUCCUCAUAUCAAAUCAGUAGAUGAUGUUGUAGUCCUUGGCAUGAAUCUCAGCAAAUUUAACAAACCUACUCAAUUUUUCAUCUGUGUUUCUGGAGUUUUUAUGUUUUAUCUGAUCUAUGGAUAUUUACAGGAAUUGAUAUUUUCAGUGGAAGGUUUUAAACCUUUUGGUUGGUACCUCACUUUAGUGCAAUUUGGAUUUUAUUCAAUUUUUGGACUAAUAGAACUGCAAUUGAUUCAGGACAAAAGGAGAAGAAUUCCUGGCAAAACUUACAUGAUAAUAGCGUUUUUAACAGUUGCAACUAUGGGUUUGUCAAAUACCUCUUUAGGAUAUCUGAAUUACCCUACUCAAGUCAUCUUCAAGUGCUGUAAGCUGAUUCCAGUUAUGAUAGGAGGGGUUUUUAUACAAGGAAAGCGUUAUAAUAUUGCAGACGUGUCUGCUGCCCUAUGUAUGAGUCUUGGAUUAAUAUGGUUUACUUUAGCUGACAGCACAGUUGCACCAAACUUCAACUUGACAGGUGUGGUCCUAAUAUCCCUUGCCCUCUGCGCAGAUGCAGUUAUAGGAAAUGUACAGGAAAAAGCUAUGAAGUUGCACAAUGGUUCUAAUUCAGAAAUGGUUUUGUAUUCCUAUUCAAUAGGUUUUGUGUAUAUUUUAUUUGGAUUAACAUGCACUAGUGGAUUAAGCCCUGCAGUAACAUUUUGCUCAAAGCAUCCAGUUCAGACUUAUGGUUACGCAUUCCUUUUCUCCCUGACGGGGUAUUUUGGCAUAACCUUUGUUCUAGCAUUGAUAAAAAUCUUUGGUGCCCUUCUGGCUGUAACAGUAACAACAGGAAGAAAAGCAAUGACCAUUGUGCUUUCUUUUUUGUUCUUUGCAAAGCCAUUCACAUUCCAGUACGUGUGGUCAGGCUUACUGGUUGUCCUUGGUAUAUUUCUUAAUGUUUACAGUAAGAAUAUGGAUAAAAUCAAACUGCCUUCACUGCAUGGUCUUUGGAAAAAAAGUGUGGAAGAAAGAAAAACAAGGACGUUGUCACAGACUGUAUAGACAGUGGUUUAUGUCUUGUCAAGACUAUGACCUUUAUUUUAUUAGAACAGUCUUCAACUGAUUCACUUUCCAAAGGGAACAUUAUUAAAACCAAAGGAGCUGAAGGCAUAUUGUCUGCUUGCAGAUUGCUCGAAAUGCACAUUUUUGUGAGCCCUUUCUUGAGAGCACUUGAGUUUAUCGUAAAAGGUGUUGUAGGCCAUUGUCAGAUGGCAUUAUCAGGCAAUGAAGGACAGCAGCUCCUGGCAGACUGCUGAGAAGCUGCACUCCAAGUGGGACACAGUAGAAGACUAAUUUGGGCAUUUUAAUAAUAUUGGCCAUGUGGCUGAUCUGAGAUUAGUGGUUCUUUGUCUUUGUUAAUUGUCUAGGUGGGGUAAUUUAAAUGUAAUACCGUAUUAACAUUUAAUGGAACCUAAUCAGCAACUGGUUGACCAAAUUGUGAUUUUAAAGGUGGAAGGUUUAGAAUAUGAUAUGUUGUCACUCUUUUUCAUUUUAAAUAAAAAUGUUGGGGUUUUCUUAAGUUAUUGAUUAGAUCAUCACAGAACUUUGUAUUUAUUGUAAUAAUUGAAAAUUUUACUGAAAUCUCACAGUGUUAUUCUUUUGGAUUAUUGCUUGCAAGUAACAAGAAUGAGAUUGAGUUUGUGCAGUCAACACCCAUGCUUUUACGGGGGGGAGUGGGCUUUUAGGCCUGAACAGAGUGAGAACACAGAGUGAAAAAGUCAUGAUUGAAACAUUGGUGUGAGAACCUAUUAUUUGCUUAUUCUGCGGUGAAAUACAAAAUAUUUAGUGGCCUGUGGCCCUCCAUAUUGUAGUGGUGUAAAGAGACAGGGAAGUCCUCUAUAUUAGUAUCACCAAAUCAAAGCUCUUCAUUUUCAAUAUUGGAGUAAAGAAUAACAGCAUCUGUUCCUGUAUUUGGAAUGUGUAUUGUGUCAGUCUUUGUGUGGUUCUGUGAUGAAUUUAAGAGGAUUAGGGUACAGAUUACAAUUUUCUUUAUUUAAUGACAGAAGACAAUGUACUGCCAGUCUGUCUUUUUCAUCAUGAAUUUAGGAAGACUAAGUCCAUUUAUCUCUCUUGCUUUCAUAUUCAACUCGCUAUUGAAUCACUUGCUGUCUCUUUCGUUUUAUAUAUUUAACAAUAGCACUUUAAAAGUACCGAUCACCGUACAGUUCGUUGUUCUCAUGUGGCCGUGUUUUUUUUGUUGUUGUUGCGUCCCUUAGAUGCAUCUUAGUGUGUGUUCUUUCAACCUAGACAAAAGUAAACUGGAUGAUAGAAUUGUCUAGUCAGGAAUAGCGUACAAAGAAUGGAAAUAUCUCACAGGACUGCCUUCUGCUAAAAAUACUAGAUUAUGAAAGUAUUUAAAAUGUGCAAAAUGGCUUUCAGACAUUUAGGAAGAACUGCUGUUCCAAGAAGCUUGUAAUCAAAGCACAGACACAAAACGUGCCUUAAAUUUGCUUAUUGAGUUGGUAACUAGCAUAUGCCAUAUUAAGUAUGUUAUAGAACAGAACGUGGAAUGACAUAGCCAUCUUAGCACAAUGGGACAAAUAGGUGCCAUGGAGAGCUGCACUAGCAAUUGCACCGUUUCCAGCGUUCAAGGUACUCUGGUGUGUCAGCAAAGCCUUUCAACCCAUAUGCACCCAGUGUUGCCAAGUUAUGAGAUUUAUUGCAGGAGACAAUUUUCUUUUAUAAAUUCCCAGCUGCUGCAUGAUUGAUUGUGUCCUGAAUAAGGUAGAGAGGUGUGAAUUUGAUGAACAGAUACACGUUGAAAGAGAAGGAUGGCCUGUUGUGGCUAUCCAUUUUCAUGUCGCAGCCAAAGUUUUAUGAUGAGAUAGGAAAAAGGGUUACAAUUUCAAAUUUGAUGCAAGAGUGCAUUUGACCAAGUGAAGGGGAUUGAUACAAAUUUCUUUCCCUGUAAUAUUUAUCAACUCUUAUAUUCCCUUGCAUUCUUUUCACUAAAUGAGUUGCUCUUUCCAGUGAGGUUAAGUUACCUAUCAAGCUUAAAAGAGAGACAGUUUUUGAACCAUUGAAAAGAAAGUAACUAUGGAACAUUUACUGCUCAGUUCACUGGCUUGGUGGAGCUUGGUAAUUGGCAUUUGAGCAUCAUUUUGACAGUUUUUCAGUCUCAGUUUUGCCAUCUGUAAACUCUGUUACUAAACAUUACUGAACUUCAGGAAAGCAAAUUAUGUGAAAGCUACCAUGCAUACAGAAGGUCAUAGUAAAUAUAAUUCAUUGGUAUCUCAUUUAUAUAAAUAAAUGAGAAGUCAGUCCCAAAGGUUCUGAGUAGAACUCAAAUCUAGUGUGUAGGUUUCCAAACUGUUUGUAUAAUCCAGAUUUGUCUCUGUUUUCUCUCUUUGGAGAGCACAGUGUUCACGAUAAUUUACCUUUUAAUUUAUUCGCUAUUGUAUACAAAACUGAGUUAAUGAGCACGUUAGGGGAAGUAUUGAUUUAUUUUGCAAUUUUCUUAACUAUAGAAAUGUCAGCUUUGUUUUAAAGGUGUACUUUUGAAAAUUUCUUUUAUAGAAAAAUUAAUAUUGUAGGUUUAGUGUCAAUAGCACACAUUUAAGAGUCAGAUUUUUAUUUUCAUAGGUAUGAGCCUAGGACUUGGGAAUCAACAAUAUGUAAGCGCGUUAAGAAAAAUGGGCACACAGAGAGUGUAGUUUGUAGUUUGCCACCUGUCAUGGUCAGCAGUUUCAUGCUUUCAUUGAGAUGUUAAGAAAGCCUUCAUUUCAGUGAAUUGCUGUUUGUGGGGUUUCUUUUGUAAUAAGCUUUAUAGCACAUGCAAGUUAAGAGAACUGUACAAACCUCCAAGUGUUCUUAUUACAAAAUUUUGGUUUAGGAUCUUCUGUACUGUGUAUAUGUAUGUUGGGUUUGUGUUGUCUGUGAAAUAUGAAUAAGGGCUUGUCCACAAAGUAACUGUAAAUUCUUUAUUUUUCGUGUAAGAGCACUUAUACUGGGGUGUUGGUUAACCCUUCCUAAUGUUGAUAUGUAGGCUGAUUAUAACUACUUUUGCAUUUUAUACACAUUGGCUUCUGGACUGUUUACAUUAGGCAUUAUGAAACUACAGAAGAAAACAUUCAUUCUGUCACCAGAAAAUUUAUUACCUAAAUAUAAUGUGAAUUAGUCACAUUCUUAUGCUACACAACUUUCUACAGAAAAACUGUGACAUAAGAAUUAGCUGUAAUGGGAUUGAGCUUCACACUAAAAUUGAAGGCUGCCCCAGGUCUCCAUUAAUGUCAGCGACCUACCUCUGUGACACCCUCUGCCUUUGCCUCCUUUGGAGGACUGAGGGAGCUCUGUUCUCCUAAAUUAGUAAACAUUUGCAGUUGCUUUCACAUUACAUUUUUUGCAUUUAUUUGGCGCGCUUGAAUACCGAGGUAAUUGACUGUGCAGUGGAUUUCUUCAGUAUUUCAUCAUCAAACUGCUAAUUAUUCAGAGCCCUAUAUGUGGAUACAAGUAUGGAAGAACUAAUGCUCCGAACCCUGCCCCCCCAAACCUAGUGUUUCCUGCUACUGCAUUAAACUGUUCUUCUUAAUCUUGUUUUCCCACUCCUGUGCUUUGAAUUUACCAGAAUUUUAAGCUAAAACUUAGGCAUAUGUCACUCCAACUUGUCAUCCAACUUCCUUACUUGUCUUUGUUACUUUUGGAAGCUAACUCCCUUUAUUACAUGCCCUGUUGCUGCACUGUGGAUUGCUUCAAGGUUCUACUCCUGCAUUUAAGGGCUCACAUCAUAUUAUUAGAGAUUGGUCACAGUCCAUAUUUUCUACUUCAUAUCAUUUAUGACUGUCUGGAUGAUUCUUCUAAAUCCGUUUUUCUCCAUGAAAAAACCUUUCCUGUAAUACUUUUUGUUAUUUUUGGAAAGGUCUUGAUGAGUACAUGUAUGAGUUAACUCCUUGACCUCAUUCCAUCUUCCAAGAAAAUCUCUCUUCUCCCUUGCUUACCUCUGAGAACUAAAGGAAGAGGAAAUAAAUUAUUGCAAGUGCUCUUUUUUUCUUUAAUAAGUGCCUUCCUUACUAACCUGGUUUGUCUUAAUUGUUUCUUUUCCUUCUGCCUCCCAUGCUCCCAGGCAAAACAAGCCCUUCUCUUAUGUGUGACCACUGCAUGUCCAGUCACAGAAACUUUUUGAGUUGUUUACUGCUCUGGAAAGACAUACAGAAUUGCAUGUAUACUCUGGAGGGCAGGAAAUAAUAAGUAAACUUCACAAGUUAAGGAAGUAAUUAAAUGGAUUAAUACUUUUUUCUUCUAGAGGGAUUUUAUAUAUGGUUUAGGUAAUAGCUCAGAAUUUGUUAGUGGAAGGGGUUUUUUCUUUUACAUUUUACCAGUUUAAAAAUCUUUAUAUCAAUUUUAAUAUUUAAUAUAAAACUCCUGAUUAUUCAGGCAGUUUAUAGACAUUAAUUUUAGUCUUUGCCUAUGAGGCAGAAAAAUCCUAUCUCCAUUUCACUGAUGAAGCAGAGAUGGUAACUUGCCCAAAGUUGCCUUAGUAAGUCUGUGGUGAGCAGGGAAUAGAUGUUAAUACCCUCAGUUAUUGGAUGCCCCAAGUCCAGCAGAGCCCUUCUGUACCUGAAAUAAAGCACUACCAUGAUAAACUCAGUUUUCUUUUACCCUGUACUAGAGAUUUUAAAUUGUGUCCAUUCUGUGUUCUAUACUACAAUAAUUUAAAAUGAAAUUAGAGCAGCCGUAGAAUAGGCAUCCUGCAUUUUGUCUGAAGCUUCUUUGCAUUGUGUGCAUUGUUAUUGUCAUGUUGAUUUGUUCUGUUUUCUGUGAGCACUACCGUGGAAACAAGGCAGAGAGAGUAACAGUUGUAUGAGAAGCAUAAUAGCCUUCACUUUCAGGUGACUGGUCUGAAUUUAGUCCAUCUUGCUGCUGGUCAAAAGUUGCUGCCAUUGGAAAACUGUGAGGAAUUGUCAUAAUGUGAGGAACGAAGCAUAAUGAUGUCAUGCUGGAUAUGUAUCUUUUUGCCAUUCACUUGUGGAGAAGCAAAGACAGUAACGCAAUAAAGAACAUUCAUGCACAAAUACUCAGAAUAUAACGCUGACUUACCGCUUCUUUCCUAUACCUGGAUCAAUUUCUGCUGGUUUCACUGUUUUUCUUGAGGUGUAAUAGUAAUGUAUUGCUUCUCUACACUUUUGGAUAUUUAACUAUUUUUUCUCUUCAUUAGAUUUUUCAGUUUUAUGCUUCCUCUUUUUAUUUUUUAUUUUUUAAUUUUUAUUUUGAGUAUAAAGUUUUACCUUGUAAUUUUCAUUACAUCUGUAAUACUGUCGCCAGUUCUGGGCUCCCCUGGGCAAGACAGGGAUGGGGCUACAGGAGAGAGUCCAGCAAAGGGACACUAAGAUGAUGAAGGGACUAGAGCAUCUCUCCUAUGAAGAAAGGCUGAGAGAGACAGGGCUGUUCAGCCCAGAGAAGAGAAGGCUCAGGGGAAUCUUGUCAGUGUGUACAAAUACCUGAAGCGAGGGUUCGAAAAGGAUGGAGCCAGGCUCUUUUCAGCGAUGCCCAGGGACAGGACCAGAGGCAAUGGGCACAAACUGAAACACAGGACGUUCCUUCUGAACGUCAGGAAACAUUUUUUCACUGUGAGGGUGACUGAGAACUGGCACAGGUUGCCCAAAGAGGUGCUGGAGUCUCUAUCCCUGGAGAUUCUCAAAACCCAUCUGGACCCAGUCCCGGGCAACGGCCUGUAGGUGUCCCUGCUUGAGCUGGUGCAUUGGACCAGAUGACCUCCAGAGGGCCCUGACGACCUCAGUCAUUCUGUGAUCGUAAAUCUUGUGAUCUUUGUCCAGAUCCAACACUUCCAUUUUGUUCGCCUGUUUUCAAAGUGUUAAUAAAUACAUUUAAAAUUA